AUGUUUGGGAAUGACACACCCAAUCGUUGUAUGCACGAUGCAUUAAACCACGAGUUGCAAAGAGAACAACAGUACGACAUUGAAGCAUUGGCCGAAACAGUUCGUACAAAUGUUCCAAAAUUAAAUCGACAACAAAGAAUUGCGUACGCCAAUUUGAUAGAAGCUGUGAACAGAGAAUCUGGUGGAAUUUAUUUCCUUGAUGCUCCCGGAGGAACCGGAAAAACGUUCUUAAUUUCAUUGCUUUUGGCGAGGAUCAGAUCGCGAAAUGAUGUAGCUCUAGCGUUGGCUUCAUCUGGAAUAGCUGCGACUCUGCUAGAAGGCGGGCGAACUGCACAUUCUGCCUUGAAAUUACCAUUAAACAUGCAAAUCAACGAAACACCAAUUGGCAACAUCGCCAAAAAUAGCGCAAUGGCCAAGAUCCUACAGGUGAUUUUCGUCAGACUCUUCCACUUAUUCCUCGAUCAACUGUUGCUGGUGAACCAAAUGCAUGCCUACAAUCAUCGAAUUUGUGGCGAUACGUAA